AUGAAGGAAAUAGGUGCUAGGAUGGAGAAAUUCGCUCGUCUCAUGGGUGUGCCAUUCAAAUUCCACGUCAUCCAUCACACCGGUGAUCUUUCAGAGUUGAACUUCGCGGAAUUAGAUAUUAUAGACGACGAGGCUUUGGCUAUAAACUGUGUGAACGCUUUGCAUUCGGUCACGGUCAUUGGUAAUGGUAAUCAUCGUGACGCGUUGAUAUCCUCGUUUCGGAGAUUACAGCCUAGAAUAGUUACAAUAGUGGAAGAAGAAGCUGAUCUUGAUGUUGGUUAUGAUGGUUUUGAGUUUGUGAACGGGUUUGAGGAAUGCUUGAGGUGGUUUAGAGUUUAUUUUGAGGCGUUGGAGGAGUGCUUCCCGAAGACGAGCAACGAAAGGCUCGUGCUUGAGAGAGGGGCGGGACGAGCGAUGGUUGACUUGGUGGCCUGUGAUCCGUCAGAGUCGGUGGAGCGGCGGGAAAGGGCGGGACGAUGGUCACAGCGGAUGCAUGGGGGUGGGUUCAAUGCGGUGUCGUUCAGCGACGAGGUUUGUGACGAUGUGAGGGCGCUGCUGAGAAGGUACAAGGAGGGGUGGUCAAUGACACAGUGCUCCCACGCCGGAAUAUUCUUGUCGUGGAAGGAUCAGCCGGUGGUGUGGGCCAGUGCAUGGAGACCUUGA